AACAACUUUAAACAGCGAUUACUAUAUAUAUAAGUCUAGAAACAGAGCUAGCAGUAGUAGUAUACUCACAAAACCACAAGUCUUUAAUUUAUUGCAUAUCAUCAACUUCUCAAAAAUUUCACUAUCUUGCGAUCAUGAAAGGAUCCUCCAGUACCGUCACAUCAUUACCGUGUCUCUCCCUCUUUCUCCUCCUGCUUCUGCCGUCGGUAUCCUCCGACGAUCUUAUAGACAAAAUAUGCCAAGCAACGCCGUUCAGCGACCUAUGUGAAGCCUCUCUCCGUCCACUAUCUCCCUCACCUUCCGAUCCCAUAUCUUUAGCCGCAGCUAUGGCCAGCGUCGUUCUCGGUAACAUGACCGAUACACUAGGAUACAUCCAAACGCUGAUCAGACAUACUCACGAUCCUGCGGCAGAGCGUGCGCUUGCUCAGUGCGCAGAGCUGUACAGGCCGGUGGUCAAGUUUAAUAUUCCUCAGGCGAUGGAAACAAUGCGGCGCGGCAAGUUCGGAUUGGCCAUAUAUGUCCUAGGAGACGCCGAGAAACAGACUGAUUCUUGCCAGAAAGGGAUCACAAACGCCGGCGCCGACGACGAGAGCUCGGUGGCCCUUACGGCUAGAAACAAGCUGGUUAAGAAUCUUUGUGACGUGGCGAUGUCUGUGAUUAAGUCUCUAAUGAAUGGACUUUAAGAAUCUUUGUUAGUUCAUUAUUCUAUAUAUAUAUAUAUAUUUGUAAUUACUUACACGAACCACCAAAUUUCUAUUAUAAAUUUGAAAGAGUUAUUAAACUAUUGAAUCACAUACCUAUCAACUACAAAUUGAUAUUUGUGAAAGUUGAAAGCAAAGCAAGUUUAAUUGUCAAGAGCAAGUAUAUAUUGAUGAAUGUGGUCCGUUCUCUCU